AUGGAUAGAAACCUGCUGGACGGCAGCAUGGGGAGUUACCUCAAGUAUCUCACUGGCCUCUCCGCCCUCCAAAAAUUGUCCAUGGCCUAUAUGUAUUUCUCUGGACAGUUCCCAAGCUUCAUCCUAGACUCGACGAGCCUUACUUCUCUGGACAUCUCAACCAACUACCUCACCGGCUCCCUCCCACCCACCAUCACCAAGAUCAAGUCGCUCAAGUUUGACAGCAACUACUUUGUGGGCUCUCUGCCGUCCGCCCCCUGGACCACAUGCGGCUGCACCAGCAACUGCCUUAGCUCCGCCGGCACGUGCGGCGGAUCAAAUAUGGCCGAUGCAAUGAUGGCGUUGAAGGCUGCUCUGGGUGUGACCCUCACCACGUGGGCCUCCACCACCCCCUGCCGCGUCACCGGGCUAUUAACACCCCUUACGAACGAGUGGACUGGCGUCUUGUGCAAUCCCGCCGGCUCCGUGGAGUCUAUUCUCAAGGGGUCUCUUCCUUCGGACAUCUCGAAACUCACCGCGCUCACUUACCUGAACUAUUCCCUCAUUCAUCGCCUCCCUGCCACAGCUCACCACACUGUAAGCCAAACACAGAUGCAUGCAGAAGCCUUGUUGCUGGCCUUUCCUCCGCUGUUCCCUGGAUACCCUCAUGUCUCUCACAUGUCACUCGUCUCACUCGCAUGCCUCUCCUGUCUGCUGGUUCUUCCCCCACUUGCCCCCUCUCCCUUCCACGCACCCCCAUCUGCCCCCGCCCAACACCCCUCCUCUACUCCCACUUCCCGCCCACUUCCCCCCAGAGGCCUCUUCUCCAACUACCUCACGGGCACCAUGCCCAUCCCCUCCACCUCCCUGGCCUCUCUGGACGUGGGCUUUAACUACCUCUCGGGCUCCUUCCCCAAGCUCUCCCUCGCGGUCUGUGCGGCCGACCAGAACUGCUUCCUCAACUCCUCCUACUGCCGCACCUACGGCUCGCUGCAGCGCCCCGCCUCUGCCUGCGGCAUCUGCGGCACAACCAACGGGCAGGGAACGCUAUGCAGUGGUGGACUUUGCUCCGCCAACAGCUCUCUGCCAGUCAGCCAGGGGAUUGUCAAUACCCCCUCGGUGCCGCUGGUGUCCUUGACUUGUUCGGGAUACCGUCCCACCGUUUUGAUGAAUCCCGCCUCAGGUGGGCCUAACGCCAACACCCAUCCAUGCCCUUCCCACUGUCUUCCUGCACUCUCAGUCAUUCCUGUCCGUGAUGCUAUCCAUCAAGUCAUCCCUGGGUUUGACGCUCACAAGCUGGGUUUCCUCCUCUCUUUGCCUUGCGGGCAACGGACCUAUGCCGCCAGGGAUAACUUACUGGUAAGCGUGGACACUGGGGCAGGGGCAGCCGUAAUUUUCCACCGCCAAGGCAUGGAAACCUACCUACUCGUUCCUCAACACGUACUUCUCUUCUUUCCAUCACUGCUGUCGCUCAAGGCAUCGCUGGGACUGACGUUCACCUCGUGGGCAGCAAGUGUGCCGUGCCAAGUGGUUGGCAAGCAGGCUGCCGCACAGCCCACGUGGUCCGGCGUGCUCUGUAGUGAUGCUGGAGACGUGUUUUCCAUCUCGGUGGCGCGUCAGAAUCUAACGGGGUCUAUUGAUUCGGACAUCUCCAAGCUCACCGCACUCACUUACCUAGGCCUCUUCUCCAACUAUUUCACGGGCACCAUGCCCACCCUCUCCACCUCCCUGGUCGCUCUGGACGUGAGAUUUAACUUCCUCUCGGGCUCCUUCCCCCAGCUCUCUCUCAAGAGUUGUGCGGCUGACCAGAACUGCUUCCUCAACUCCUCCUACUGCCGCACCUAUGGCGCGCUGCAGCGCCUCUCCUCUGCCUGCGCCAUCUGCGGCACGACCAACGGGCAGGGAACGCUGUGCAGUGGUGGAAUGUGUUUUGCCGACAGCUAUUUGCCAGUCAGCCAGGGAAUCGUCAACGUCCCCUCGUUGCCGCCGGUGGCCUUGACUUGUCCAGGGAAUGCUCCUCUAGUCCUCAUGAACGCUGCCUCAGUGUCCACGAUGCUGCCCAUCAAAUCAUCCCUUGGAUUGACGAGCACAACGUGGGAUGCAUCCCUUCUCUGUGUUGCAGGCUUCGGCAAUACCCCGUUCGGAGUUACCACCUGGGAUCGUGUUCUUUGCUCCGUUGGCGGAUCACCUUUACUACUCAACUUCAACAUCUUGUCUUUGAAGGUCGCCACCCUGCCUGCUGACAUGUCCAAGCUCACUGGACUCACCAAUCUUGCUAACUUCCUCACUGGAAGCAUCCCAGCCAUGGGUACAGCCUUGAAGUCGCUCUACAUCGCAUACAACUACAUUACGAACGUCGCCACCCAUUCACUCACCACCUGCGCCGGCUCUAUGUGCUGCCUCUCCAAUCCCUCGAAGUGCGCCUCUGACGAGACCACCCAGCGACCUGCUGCUGAGUGCGCCAUCUGUGGCACUACCAAUGCCGUCGCUCCCUUUUGCUGGGGCGCCGGCGGAGAGUGUGUGGUCGCUGCUGCUGAUAACAUUGCAGCCGGCAAACGGAAUAUAGUAUACCUCCCGCCUGCCCCACCCAUGGUCUGCUCAGCACUGCUGUCGCUCAAGGCAUCGCUGGGAGUGACGUUCACCUCGUGGGCAGCAAGUGUGCCGUGCCAAGUGGUUGGCAAGCAGGCUGCUGGACUGCCCACGUGGUCCGGCGUGCUCUGUGGUGAUACCGGGGACGUGAUCUACAUGUAA